AACCAGCGGCAGGCCUGCUCGCCCGCCCGCCCGCGCCGGGCCGGCGCUCCAGUAGCCGAGGUCGGCGGGUUAGAAAUGCGGCCGUUGGGGUCUCGCGCGCCGUCUGAAGCGGAGGGCCAUGAGGGGCCUCAGCCUCCUCCCGUCCUACAGAGGCGAGGGGGCCGAAUCUUCGGCCGCCGUUGAGCCUCCUUCGUCUUUUCCCCGAGCGAGCGCGGUGGUGGUGGAAGGGCCGCUAUGAGCAGGAGCCAGCAGCGCAUCCACUUGGAACAGCAGGGUGCGUGGGAGUGCUGGGGGUGGGGGGCUGUUCUGGGGGGGGCAGAGGGGAACUGCUGCAAGACCCCCCAACUCUUCCCCUAAAAGGAAGGGACGCUGCAGAAGGCGCUGGUGGGCCACUCUCCCUGCUUAGCGUGCGUGCAGUAUGGCGACCCAAUUGGUCUACCUUACGAGGUUGUUGUGAGGGAUUAAGGUGAAGCUCCGCGGGCGCUCUCUUAACAGGGCGAUGUGUCCCAUUGAGCUAAAUGGGGUUUAUUCACAAAGAAGAAGGCACAGGAUUCUAGCCUAAAGCAUUUUGCAAAUGCUGGGUAUUGAAGAGAAGAGGCAUGUUGGGGCUCAACCCUGCCUGAAACGACUCCCCUAUCACGUGGGGACUGAGAGGGAAGGGCACUCUGCACAUGGCUUGAAACACUUCUCACCCUGCAGUGGGGGUUUGCACAUCGUUCCGAGGUAUAUUGUGUUGAAAAACAGGUUGCAGGAAUGGCACCUGACACAAACAAAGCCGUGGGGGCUUCCACUCCAAAAGUAAAAGAUACCUAACAGUUCUGAGGACUUGAGGAAACAAAAGUGAGCAGUGGUAAACUAGAGCAGGGGGAAUAAGAAUUAGCCUGAUGGGAAGGGAGUUUGUUUUCAAUGAGGAGUCAUAAGGGUAAUUCCCCCAAGAUUGUAUGGUGGUCCAGAUUAACAUGCGUAUGGUUUUGUGUGGUGUGUUUGUUCUGAGGUGGUGGGGAGAGUGUGGGCUUGAGAAACUUAUAGGUUUGAGAGAUGAUUUGGGGAUAAUUUAUUUGAUUUAGAUUUGCUAGUGUAAGUCAACUGCUAGGCUGGAAAGAGCAGAGGGCUGUAAAUUUCAUUUAUCGUAGUUCAUGUGAAAAGAGACCAUCAGAAAUGUGCUAUAAUUUUUUUCCUAACAAACUUUGAAAUCUAUGCCUUUUGAUGCAUUGUACAUAGGGUUCAUUUUUAAAAAAUUUCCCAGAAACUUCAGUGAGUACAAAAUACAGUGUGACCAGUUAAUUGGAGCCAGCUUCUCACCUGUGCUUGCAUAGCUGCAUUAGAUCUCUUUCCAAGCACAAUUCAAAGUGUAGAUUGUUACCUUUCUGUGGGGAAUCUUUGGUCUACAGGCUUAAUUAGGUAUGCUAGGCCUCUCCAUACCCACCUGCCUUACACCUAACAUCUUGUAUGAUGACACCAGGUGCAGAGCAGGUAUAUGUGCACUUGAGCCAAAAAGAAGUUUGCAGGCACUGCUGAUCAUCAACACCUGCAAAGCCCAGUGCAGCUGAUUGGUUGUUGAUGCUUUGUGGGCUGUGCCAAAAAUGGGUCAUCUGACAUCACUGUGGUGUCAGGUGAUUGAUAGGUGGGUGAACUCACCUCCUGGCUAGAUCCACUUCCCCAACCUUGCUAUAAAGGCUUAGGUCGUGUGUGGCUGGUGAUAAAUGGAUAUAGAGCUGUCCCAGUUGUACCUCUGAUGUGUAAUAUUCUCUCUCAAGAAGUGUAACAGGUUCCAAUUUUGAUGUCUUUUUGGCACCCGAAAUUGCAGCAAAUUUUUUAGUUUUAGUGUUUUCUGCUUGAUCUUAGAGGUUUUUGCUGUAGCUUCUAUGAUUUAUUGUAUUGUUUGUAUGCCAGCCUGAGAACCCUCUUAUUGAAAGAUGGUUUAUAAACUGACAAAAUAAGCUAUAAAAAUUCUUUAUGUGUCUUGUUAAUAGAUAUUAUAUCCCAAUCACACUCCUUUAAAUCGGUGUUCUGACCAAAUUUUGGUUUGAAUAAUAUGUUGUAGUGCAUCGUUAAAAUGGGGGAGUGUGCUGUCUAAAGCAAAAUUUACCAUUACUGGUAAAAUAGUGUUUUUGAUACAAGUAUAUUUAACUGUAAUGUUACUUUAACUUUUGGUAUGAAAAUAGAGUAACUGAAUCUGAAUGGACUUUGCAUAUUACAGGUUCACAAGCUCCUAAUGGUAAGCUGCCAGAAAUCUCGUGCAUCCCUGAAUGGUAAGUAUUUAUUUAACUUUGCCCAGUGGUCUAAAAUUAGUGUUCUGAAAUAUGAAACACAGUGUUUUUAAAAUACGAAAGCCCAACCCAACUUGAUUUCAAAAGAGGUUGGUUUUUAGCUAAGUGCUAGUGCUGAUCUACCUUAACUUAGCAUCGUUCCAUAACUCCUAACUCCUCAUUCCUCACUCCCAUUAAUGGAGAUGAGUGGUUAAGUCUGUAAUCUUAUAUCAAUGUAUUAUUCUGGGAGUAAGCCCCACUGAACUAAGUGAGACCUGCUCCAAAGUAGACAUGUAGAAGAUUGCAUUGUUAAUCUCUUUGUAACUGAGAGGCUGCUGUUGCUUACUGCAUCUGCCACCUGAACAGCAGACUUGUAUGUAGUCAUGAUGCUGAAAUUGCCUGAUGCUGGUUCACAGGAAUACUUUCGAUUCUCUAGUUUAGAGCCAAAUAUUCCCUUGUUCUAUUCAACUUCUUGUUCUAUUCAACUGCUUUAUUCCCAGUUGUUGAGACCCUUGGGGGUUUAUUGAUAUUUUUAAAUGUCUACGAGUACUGCACUUUCUUUGCCAAAGAUUUGGAGUUAUUAUUUCCUAUUUUAGGGGAUAGGGUCUUGUAAGUUUAAAUUGCAAUAGAAGAAUUUACAAUAAGGACAGCUUAGCAUCCUAUUUUAAUGAUUCAUAAGAGCUGUAGCAGUUAUCAAAACAGGCACUUUUUAAAAGUAAAGGGACGUAUGCCUCUAGUAUGCAUAGGAUCCUUUUCUUUAUGACGAUGCAUUCUGAACUUUCUUUGGCAAUCUGUCUGGUUUUCUCACUGAGAAGAUCAAUGCAAACUUUCCUGAAAUAGUUUGUCCAUCCCUGUUGAUAGCCCUGUAAAAUGCAUGCUGUUGAUUUGGAGUAUGCCUAAAGAUGCACUAGAGAUCAUACUGGGUAAUAGUGAGGCUGUACAUGUCUGAACAAUGCCUUGUGCUCGGUGUGCACCCUAGAACAUUUCUCUUUUCUGUGUAGCACUCCAAUAUUCCAUGGCUGAAAUUGAGUAGUUUCUCACAAAUAACUUGAUAAGGAAAGAGGUAGCUAAAUGUUACAACAUUUGAUUGAAAACAGUAUGUAGCACAGUUCUGAAGAAGCAGUAAGUUGGCCAUGGAGAGAGGUCCUUCUGAGGAGUGAUCAUGUAGGGCAGUCUUCCCCAACAUUUUGGACUAGUUUCCAUCAGCUUCAAGGGAAGGCCAACCGAGUGCUUGAUUGAAACAUAGCAAUCCUUGGUGACCCACUUGAGAAAUGUCUGUACCAGACAACAUGUGAAAAGCAUUUAUUAUUUUUGCUUUUGUAUCCCCUCUGGUGUUCACUAUGAUGUUUGAAACAGCAGACCUGUCAUUUCUCAGACACCAAAGGAACAAAAAUUGCCAAUCCUAAAAUCUGAACAAAGAUUCCUGGAUAAAAAAGUCUCCGGAAAAUCAUUCGGGGGUCACCUUUUCGAGAAUAGUUGGAAACAUGCAGUGAUAAAGACAAAAAGGAUAAAACAAGGUAAGAUGUUUAAGGUUGUCAUUUGAUAGUUAUCCUAGGCUACAUUUCAUAAAAAGGAAACUUACCAAGAUUUUUUAGUGUUGGAAUUGCCAUAAAGAUCAACCUAAUCCCUAUUUCUGGCUGCUUCCAAAUUGUCAUUAGUUUGUGGACUGGAAUCCACUGACUACUGGCAAAUUUAGGUUGAGCAGUUAUAGUGGAUUUCAUAGUUGUGUACAACAAACAAAUUCCUUUGCAAUAAGAAAAGUGAUGGGAAAUACACUGAAAGGGGAUAACAAUUGCUUGAUUUAAAUACAACAUCCCCACAAACAAAUCAAAAUCAAAAGUUGUUAACAAACUGGUUGUCUGGGAAGGUACCUAUGUAGUUUUUCCUUGCACUUUUUGUUGUUGAGAGUUAUCUUCCACUCCUUAAAAUCAAUAGACAUUUGCCCACUGAGUUCAAAAGAACAAGAAUUGUCCUUUAAACUGCUGUACUACACACCCUCUCCAGAUAUUGCUGUUCUUCUCUGCCACUUUUGAUACCGUUAACAAUAGUAUUCUUCUGGAUGGGCACCCUGGUUUGGAAGAUGGAAGUGAUGUUCUGAUUGGUUCACUUCUGCCUCUCAAGCUGUUCCCAGAAUGUGAUAGUUGGGAACUACUGCUUGAUCCCAUAGAAUUUCUUCUUUGCUGUUUCAUAGUGUUUUGUCUUGCUCCAUACUUUUUCAUAACUAAAUCACACUUUUGGAUAAAGGCCAUCAGUGUACUGAUGACACCCAGCACUUUCUGUGUGUCUCUUGUUUUAUCAGUUUCAGGUGAGGGAGUAGAAGUGCUGAGGAGGUGCCUGGAAUCUAUAAUGGGCUGAAUGUGGGUUAAUAAGCAAACUCAAUCCCAUCAAGACAGAGGUUCUGUGAGUAGGUGUUUUGUCUGUUCAGGGAGAUAGUGUUCAACUUGUUCUGGAUGGGGUUACAUUCACCCUAGAGGUAGCUAACGUGGUACCGAAGAUGUAGUUGAACCACAGCUCCUAUCAUCACUGACCUGCUGACUUGGACUGAUGGAAACUGUAGCAUAACAACAUGUGGAGGCCACCUCAUUAGCUUCUCGGACUGAGUACACAUUUUGGGGGUACUCCUAGAUCAAACAUUCUACUUGGAGGCCUUGGAAGCUCUGUGGCAAGAAGUGCCUGUCCGCAGCAUAGGCUGGUGCACCAGCUGCGGCUUCUCCUAGACAGAAAUAACCUGGCCAUAGUUAUUCAUUCCAGGUAACAUCUAGGAUUGAAUAAUACAAUGUUUUGUGCAUGGAGCUGCCUUUUAAAAUGGUUCAGAAACUGCAAAUGGCUCACAGUACGGUGGUUAGGCUGCUAACUGUAACUGAUCAUUUUAGAAGUAUUACGCCAAUACCUGAAGAACUUCACUAGUCCAUUUUCCACAUGCAAUUCAAAGUACUUCUGAAGUCCUUAUGUGACUUGGUACCUGAAGGAACACCACCUUCCAUAUCAAUCUGCCUAUGUAGUGAGAGUCUUCAGAAGCUCUCUUCUGGAGCUCUCUCCAUUUGAGGUAAGGUGUGUGGUGGCCAGAGUUGAAGGCCUCUUCUGGUUGUGGUACCCCGUUUGUUCUUUCCCAAGGGAAGCUUACCUGAUACCAGCAUUACUAUCUUUUCAGUGCAAGCAAAGACUUUUUACUUUCCCAGGCUUUUUAAUAUAUUGCUGUUUUUAAUAUGUUGUGUAUUAGCAUGCUUUUGUAAAUGGCACAAAAGGAUUGCUAAAGGGAGAUAUAUAAACAUUCGUUUGUAAAUAAAAUAAAUGUUAAGGUAGUCAACGACAGUUUGAUUUUGUUCUAAACAGUAGGUUUUGGGGGGGGGGGUUAGCGAUGGCAUUAUUCCAGCUUUGACUGCCAUUCAGGGGUUCUUAGGAUUGCUGCAACUUGAUCCUCUUACCUGGGAGUACCGUAAGCCCCAUUGAACUUGGUGGAACUUAUUUCAAAGUAGACAUGCAUAAAAUAGUGCUGUUAUCUGCAGUCCCCCUGCGAUGCAUUGUGUUCCAGGUAGUGGCUCAGCGUAAGGAACAGAAUGUGCAUGUUUUAGAUACUGGAGUAAGUUUCAGCUGUGGAUUUGACAUGAUGAAUAGAUGUUAUGUAGUUAGUUUAGUCUAAGUGUGUGCACACACAGUAUAUUUAGAAGAAGGCAUUUCCGCUCUUGACGAUUCCUGACUCUAUAGGUGGCUGAGAACAUAAGCUCACUAUAAGGGAACUGCUCCUUCUGACUUGGUAACCUCACAAGGACCAGACCAGUUUCCUGUGCCCAGACAUGUCUCUUCAGAAGUCUCCCAUUGACCUCAGUGGAGCAAACUUCUAAGCAAGUGUAAGACUGUAGCUCUAGCUAGUUUUGGCCUGAUGUUCCAUGUAUGCUGCUUUGAAUUAUUUCUCUUAAGCAGAAUAUACAUCUGCAUAUGGCUUGAGAGACUCUGAUGAAAAUGCUGCAAUGCCAAGUCUUGCUCAGGCAAUACCAAACCCCUCUCCCGUUGCACAGAAGACACAAGGUGCUGCUCAUAUAUUUCCAGACAGGUAUACCAUUAUAAACUCUAUUAUUGUAUGAAGUGUAUAGAUGUUUCACAUAUUCAAAGUGCACUGCACAGGUAUAAUUCAGAGGCAGACUUCAAGCUGAGGAAUUUCUAAUAAGCACAUCUCAUAAAAUUUCAUGUACAAAUUUAUUUUAAAAAUAGCAAUAGAAGAUGGAAUUUUAGCUCCAUUUCUGCAUUUAAAGUCAAAUGGAUUGAAGAUGUAUACUUCUAAAAUAUGAACAGGUCAUGAUAUAGUGACUUGUAUAAAUCGUCAUGAUAUAGUGGAAAUUCUAUUACUUCCAAAUGUUGUAUGAGCCCCAAUUCAGACAUUGGCAAGUAGGCAUAUAGCCAGUCAGAUGGUUAAAGCUGUUGCUUGUGAUCAUCAGUGAUCACCUGUUCAGAGGAAAGGGGGAAGAUUAUUAUUGGGUACUUCAUACCCAGACUGGCUUUGUUUUUUGUUUAGAGCAAAGGGAAUCACUUGCCAUUCAGUCACCAUCUUGCCUCAAGCUUAUUAGUUUCACAUUGGCUUGUUUCAAACAAGCUAUGUUUUGUCAGUUGCAACAAGGAAACAAGCUGUAGGUAAGCAAAAAUGGAAAUGAAAUGUUCCACAUUCUACCUCAUAGCUGUUUGGAAGAGGAGACCAGUUUGUUCUGACCACACUAAACUGUGGUAUAGGGUGAUGUCUGAAUAUGGCCAGUGGGAAACAGCAAAAACCUCAGUAUUUUUAAGUGAUCAAGUACUCAUCUGUGCCAUAGGCUUACUGCUUUAUGGUUUUGUUUUGUUUUUUAGACAAAGCUUAUGCCUGUACAGGGUAGUGUUUACUUCCCACACAUAAAGUCUCAACUUCAUUAAUAGUAGUUUACAGUGUUUCAUUGUUUAAUGUGGUAUGUAACUGAGAGGCUUCUCACUAACUCUACAAUUGAAUGAACUGGAGAAAUGACAGCAACCAGAAGUUUCCUAAAGUGAAUAGAGGAUAGGUUUUUGCUCUUCUCCCCUACAUGUUUCUUUUAGUGUAAAUUGCCCCAGAGCCAGUAGUAGAAAGCCAAACAGCAAGCAUGUAUUUAAUAAGCACACGUUUAAUUUGGCCCCGGAAGUUCUGUAUGUCUUACCACUCAGCUAUACAUGUAUCAUUAAAAAACAAUUUUUAGUAGAAACGGGAGUGGAUGAAUGUACUGUUCAUGUUUUUCUCAUAGCUUGUGGCAUAUUGCAGCUGGGGUUGGGGCAGGAUCAUUUAAGGCAAUUCCCAGAAGUGCAGACAAGUUAGUCUGUUGUAGCAAAAACUACAGGGCCACAAGGCACUUUAAAUCAAUAUAUGUAUGGCAUAAGGUUUCACGGACUAGUCAACGUAGUGUUAUGAGUUAGAGGUCAGAGAAAAAUAUAUGACAAAGAGCCCGGUUUUAUUUCUACCCAAUUAUGUAUAUCCCUGUAUCUGUUGACCAAUCCCAUUUAUUUGGGAUAAAAUAUGUUUAAAAAUUAUAACACGUCUAACCAUUUAAUAUUAUAUAGUUAGAUACCGUCUUCUUUUGAUUUUAGCUAUUACAGUAAUGAUGACCCCGGUUUACAACCUUUUGUGCUUCCGUGUACUUCAUCACAAUACUUUAUUGAAAGCUGCUACAAAAGCAGGCAAGUUAAUUUUACUCUUUAUAGUUUGGAUUCAGAAUUAUGUUCCUGAAGGGUGAAUGUUGGCAUGUCCGACUGGGCUUUAGUCAGCCUCAGAGCUCCUUCCCCUAGGGUCAAAAGAGAGGCAAGGCCUCCGAGAGGCGGAUCUGCUGCCCACUCCCCACUGCAGCAGACACUACUGAUGUCAGAGCUCUACUGGUAGGCCUCAAAAGGAGUAUUAUUAAAAGUAGAUGCAGUGAAGGAGACAUACCCAGACCUGCAACAUGGACCCUACACUAGGGAGAAAACUAUGGCAGCAAACCUGUAAAGGGUGGAGGAGGGCUGCUUCAUCCUUACUUUCUCCCUGCCAGUGACAGCCCAGCAGGGCACUGGGUGAAAUUGCCACCUUUCAUUUCCUCUCCUAUGUCUUUAAGAUUGUGCCUUAAAAUGACUUGACACUAGUAAAGAACGUGGUGUGCUGGUGAUAUGCUCUUUGUGAACCUUGGGCCAUAAAAACCACCCUCACAGCACUAUGUGAAAAGUAAGUGAUGCCAGGAUGGUCUUACUGUAAAACCUAUUGCUGUCUGAGAUACUGCUUUUUUUUUCUUCUCCUGCAGGGGAGAUACAGCCAUGGGGGAUGCUUAUAAAAGAGGGUCAUUUACUUGGAAACCAGGCCCUCUGAAGACAUCCGGUAUGCAUGGUGGAGCUGGAGAAUUAGGUGCUGUAAGGUAAAGCAGUAUGAGUGGACCAGGUCUUUCAUGAAAAACAAUGUUGGGAGUUACUUUAAUUUAUAUAUUUAAUUCUGUCUCUUCACCAGACUGUUUUCUAAAUGUUUAUUCCUGACACAACAUAAUAGCGAAAGAGGGAAACAUGACUUGAUCAAAUUCAUGAAAAUAAAGUGAAUAUUUAUUUUAACCACCUUUAACUGUCCCGAAAUGGUGUGUUUGGCAGACUAGUCAACCUGCUUGCCUUCAGCAAGGUUACUGCAUGAUGUGCCCUUCACCAUGUCUUGGGACCUUACUGGGGGACACAGGAAGUGGAGAGGCAAAGAUCAAAACUCACUUAGACCUGGGGCAGUUCCAGACUGUUGCUAUAUUGUGGGUGGGAUUGAACUGGGCACCGGAUAGUUAAGCAGCUUCCACAUUUUAGCCUGGUCCAUCCCCUUGAUAGUCUCUGGACUCAGCCAAGGGGUUCUUUUGUUGUGAUGCUGGGAAACAUCACCCCCUUGCCAAAGGCUCAUAUGUACAGUGGUACCUCGGGUUACAUACGCUUCAGGUUACAGACUCCGCUAACCCAGAAAUAGUAUCUUGGGUUAAGAACUUUGUUUCAGGAGGAGAACAGAAAUCGUGCUCCAGCGGUGUGACACCAGCAGAAGGCCCCAUUAGCUAAAGUGGUGCUUCAGGUUAAGAACAGUUUCAUGUUAAGAACAGACCUCCGGAACAAAUUACUUAACCCGAGGUACCACUGUACACCCACAAAGGGGCAGAGGAAGGUAAAAAAAAGCAGAGAUUUAGAAUAAGCAGAGCUGGUGUCAUCUCGUUUCCUGAAGCUAGGCAGAGCCACAAUGAGGAAGGAGAGCUCUCCCAUGUAGCAAAGGCUUGUGUAAAGUUGCAGUAUUUGCCUACUUGAGCUGGUGGAAAGAGUUACGAGUUAAUACUUUUCUCUGCUGGAGGAAAAUGUUAUGACAAUUGUAACAGUAUGAUUCAGAAGCAGUUCCUAUGCAAGUUUUAUUUCCCAGCAAUGGUUGCUGUCCUAUAGCCGCUCAAUUCAACUCUAUGAACCCGAUUUCUUAGUAUUCAUUUAUAGGUCUGCCCUGUUAAUAUUUACCUAAAUCCCCAUGCAUAUUAGUCCUUUCAGUACAAAGGUUUUGAUACUUGUUGAGUAAUACUAGGAAUCUGGAUGGAGAUUCCUAAAGAAAUACAUUUUGAUGUAGGAAUACUUAUAUGGCAUUGAUCAGCGUGUUUUUUCAUCUCAGCACACCGCUGGGAAAUUACACCACUGCAAGUCACCUUGAAUGCCAUAGUCCAUAAAUAUAACAUUCUAUAAAUAGUAUGUUCUUGUGCAAAUGUUUGUAGGUUGAAGAAGUAUAAUCGGUGUUCCAGCCUAAUUUCAUUUCCAGAAGGAUCCAAAUUCAAGCCUGGUAAUAUAUAGUACCUAAUAUAUUUAAUUUCCUACCAUCUGUCUUUACCAAGAUGCAUUUCCUAGGCAAACUCAUUUUCUCACUGCUUUACUAUGUGAACUUUCUUGCAUUUUGAAUAUUGUUGCUGUUAUAAAAAUGUUUAUUGAAGGCUUUGUUUUCGUAUGUACCUAAGGGACAGCAUUUCUAGUCGUGUUUGUAAAAUGUUUCAAAGGCUUAAUUCAGCUAAUUAACAAAAGGCAAUUACUGAUACAAGCUACUAGUUAUUCUAGAUUUAUUCUAGAGUUGUUUUGGAAUGAAAAUACAUUGGGUCAUAUUGCAUUUUUAUGGUCACAAAUGUAAUUUUUCUACUUUGAUGCAUACCUUGCUCAAAAGAUUGCUUAGGAAAAUAAUAAACUAAAUGGAUAACAUAAAAUGCUAAUAUAGCAAGAAAAAUGGGAAUCUGUUUAGUUUUUUUUAAAUCCUAGGUAUCUGUACUUCAAAUUGAUUUUUUUAUGAACCUAUAUAAAAUCAUAGGCCUCUCUAAAAAGCAUGGUCAGACUAAUGCAUAAUGGGCCAGGUUUAUGAACACUAUGUACCCCUUUUUACUGCCUUUGACAAUCUCUCAGAUAACCAUUACAACUUGUUUCUAUUUUAAGGAAUGGGGUGAUUUUAUUCCCUUUCACUGGUUUUUGAUGUAUUUUGUAUAAUUCUGUUUUAAGUACUUCCAUAAGAGGGGCACAUUAUACUUUGUACACACUACUAAUCAAGGGGAGUUUCGUUUUUUCUUCUAGGUUACCGUUUCACAGACCCUGUCACUGGAGCUCCUCCUCAGUUCCUCCAGCGGCUUUCUCAACUGGCUGCAUUGGAAUGUGAAACCAUACAUCAAGAGAGAACAAGAAGACUCAGGAAGGCCAAGAGACAGAUGAUGUAAACAACGUACCAGGAAAGGAACAGGCUCCUUUGAAAUCAUGUAAAGUUACUAUUUUCUUGUUCACGUCUAUCUAAUUCUUUCACAAAUACUACGUUGAUCAACAAACCUCACAAUUAAGGGGAAAUAUGUGAUUAAUAAAGCUUUUUUAUGUUUGUAAUUGCCAUUGUAAAGUUUUUGAACUGCAUCUAAUGCUGUAGAUGCAGUAGCAGGUCAGCCUCCCCUCCCCCAAAAUAGUGAUAGAAAAGUCAAGAGUUGGAAGGGAACCCUGAGGAUCAUCUUGUCCAAUCCCCUCUAAUGCAGGAAUCUCAGCUAAAGCUUAUGUCAAUGACAAACACCCAACCUCUGUCUAAAAACCUCCAACGAAGCAAGAGUCCUUUUGUUAUUGAAAGAAAAUGCUGUUUGACUUAUCCUGUUAGCCUGCCUGCCGUUAGCAUGUUACUGGGUUUGGGUUGCUUAACUUCUUAGCCCUUUGCUAUCCCCAGGAUAGGCUGUGAUUUAUUUCAUCAAAUUUAUAUACUGCUUUACAGGUUUCCUUAAAAAAAAUAAAAAUCAAAACCCCAAAGCAGUUUACAAAAACAAUUUAUCAGUAAAAUGAAUUAACAGUAAUUUGAAAUGUUAAAAUAACUGACUAAAGGCAGAUUAACACUGACAUCAGCUUUCUAAACAAUUUUUUUAAUAGCAGGUGCUGACACCACAAGCUGCUGUGUGGAUUUCCACCAGCACCUCUCUUUCCCAGGGCCCAUUUCAUGUUCUAUCUGAAGAGGACAAGGGUGAUCAUCAUAGCUCCUUUUCUGAACCAAGCAUCUGCCUAGUCUUCUGACUGGCAAGGUCAUUAACACCUUGUUGUCAGACAGACCUUCAGCUAACAGGAUCUUUGAG